UCAGAGCCGUUCAACCGCUAAUUUUGCAUUGGUUUGGCGCUCAGAGGCUACAAUGGCUUCAGUCGUUUUGAACACUGGUGCCAAACUGCCAAUUCUGGGUCUUGGGACAUGGAAGUCUUCGCAAGGCAAAGUUGCCGAGGCAGUGAAGGCUGCUAUCUCUGUGGGUUACCGCCACAUCGACUGUGCUGCUGCCUAUGAGAACAAGAAUGAAGUGGGAGAGGCCAUAGAGCAGAAGAUCAAGGAGGGGGCUGUGAAGAGAGAGGAACUUUUCAUUGUCAGCAAGCUGUGGUCCACCUUCCAUCGCAAGUCAAUGGUGAAGGAGGCCUGUCAGAAGACUCUAACUGAACUGAAGCUUGACUACCUGGACCUGUACCUCAUGCAUAUGCCAAUGGGGUUCAAGCCUAGCAGUGAGAUUUUUCCUUUGGACACGAAUGGACAAAUAGUGCCUGACAACACCACCUUCAUGGAUACCUGGGAGGCAAUGGAGGAGCUGGUGGACGCGGGAAAGGUCAAGGCCAUUGGGGUGUCAAACUUCAACCACGAGCAGCUGGAGGCCAUACUGAAGAAGCCAGGCUUAAAGUACAAGCCUGCGACUAACCAGAUUGAGUGUCAUCCGUACCUGACCCAGGAAAAGCUGCUGAAUUACUGCCAAACCAGAGGCAUUGCUGUGACAGCCUACAGCCCGCUGGGUUCUCCAGACAGACCAUGGGUGAAACCUGGGGACCCUACUUUGCUGGAAGACCCAAAAAUCAAGGCUAUUGCUGAGAAGCACAAGAAGUCUAGUGCUCAGGUCUUGAUCCGCUUCCACAUUCAGAGGAAUGUGAUUGUCAUUCCCAAGUCUGUAACCAAACACCGCAUUGAGGAGAAUUUCAAGGUCUUUGAUUUUCAGCUGGAUGUGAGCGAUAUGAAAACCAUUCUGAGCUUCAAUAGAAACUGGAGGGCCUGUCCAUUUCAAUGGUGUACAAAUCACAAGGACUACCCCUUCCACGCAGGGUACUGAGCAGAGGGGCAGAAGAAAUGUACACACUAACUUGCUACUUGAGCUCUGCUGUUUCUUUUGCUCUUUUUUAACACGUCUGCUUAUACAAUACAUUCCAUACAAUCAUUAUUCCAUACAAUAAUUGAAAGGCUUUCUUUAGAAAAGCAAAUUGUGUUCACUGUUGAUUAUAGUGACAUAUAGUACAAGUGAGAGAGAGGUGCAUGGAUAUUAAUUAAACAUUUUCCAAACAUACUGAUUAGAGGAAAUUAAAUCUUUAGAAUUCCUAAUUCUAAAAUGUGUACUCCUCAUAGAAGAAUUAUUCAGCAUUAUCCGUUGAAGAAUUACACAUUACACAAGUCAAGCAGUCAGCUACAUGUCUAAUACUUUUUAUAGAUGUGAGAUUACUUCACUUCUGUUUUCAUUUGCUGUAAUGAGGCCAAGAACACUGCUUAUUGUAAAGGUUACACACUAUCUCGCAAUGACACAAUCGAUAUUCACUAACAUCAGCCUCCCAAGCCAAAUUAUUCAAUAGGUGGGAAGUCUCCAAAAGUUAAUGAUAUUCUUUAAAAUGGGUAUUUAAAUCUUUUGUUUUAAUUGUACAUACAGUAGGGCUGAAACCAGACCAGUGACACCUUUGGCUCAAACACAUUUUAGUUCUGGCUGGGUGAAAUGCUUCUGGUGAUGACAUUGAUCUUCAAGCUCUGUGCUAUGCACUAGAAAUACAUUUAAGAAGUACAAUUUUAGUGCUCGAGAGAGAACUAAACAUGGUUUAAAAUGUCAACUACAGUUUUGAAAGCAGGUAGCAAGCACAGAGGUGCAUAUACAAAGAGUCUUGACAUUAAGAGUUAUUCCAUUCAAAAUUUUAUUUCCAAAAUAUCUUCUGACAACCUGUACUGUACACUCACAAUUAAAUUUGCAUCCUUUUAUAUUAUUUAUACAACUGCCACCAACUCCAUUACAUGGACUGUUCCAACACAAGGCCAGCUUGCGUCACAAACACACACACAGCAGGCAUUCUGCAGAAAUGGUUAUUUUUUAGAAAUCAAUCACAACUCAGACUAUUCCUCAUCACAUACCUUUUUUUAAUCUUAACAGAAUAUUUUCCCCAUUGGUUUGAAUUUGGUUUACUAGUACGGUAUUUACUUCCCAGCUAGAGCUGAAAUACUUGUAAAUAUAAUUUUUAAAUAAUGACACUAUUAGUUUAGACAGUUAAAAAAUAUCACAUGGCAAGCUUCCUGGUGAUGACUUUUUCAGAAAUGUUCAAUGCUACAGUUAGCAGUCAAUCUUUGUUAACAUUAUUGUACAUUUCUCAGCUUCAGAGCUACCUAUACAGUAUAUAUAUAUAUCAGUCAAUCUGUGUUAACAUUAUUGUACAUUUCUCUGCUUCAGAGCUACCUAUACAGUAUAUAUGAAAAAGUACUGCAACGUGGCCUUUAUAUUUGAUUAUGGACCAUUCUUCACUUGUGUGAGUCUCUGUUCACUAAAAGAGGAGAGAAACUGACAUUCUAAUUAACAUUUGAGCAUCAGAUGAUAGACAGCAUCACACAUGCACACUUGUCAAACCCUUAUAUCAUGAGCCUGUAGUACAGACAGCAGAGGUAAGGUAUUGGGAUGAGUUUAAGAAUAUGCUCACCCUGGUUAAAUUCAAUCACACCUUAUCUUUGCAACUGCAUCCUUGUCCUUGAUGCAACCUUGAUUGCAGCCAUGUUCAAGCAUGACAUGAAACUCGAGAACCACUUGAGUUUCUUGUGCAAGGUAAGGGAUUUCGGUUUAUACAGAGCCAAUAUCAAAAGAAGAUUAGAUUUCAUUUUCCCCCACUUUGACAGCCAUGUUGGAAAAAUUCCAGCCUUCUCCUGAUAGAGCUGGCACAGGAACCUGGUUCUGCUUCACAUACUUACAAAUGCAUAACUUUAGAAAAUGCCAAUACAAAUGAUCACCUUAAAGAAUGCAUAUGCAGGCAGACUCCUUAAGUACCAGCGGAGGCAACUAGCUUGAAAUUUCAUGGCUAUGCACUCAGACUAAAGAUAAACACUUUGACAGGUGUGAUGGCAAAAGAUUAAAUUAACCUGUGGAAAUGUCUGACAUCAUGAACUUCCAGAGUAAUGCUGUUUUUUUUCAUUUGGGAACAAAUGACGACUUCCAAUGUCUGCAGUGUCUGUAGCCUUCCAUGGAUAAAUAUAUACUGUACAUGCCUUUAGCUGUUUUUUUUAUUUAAAAAUUCAAAAUGAACAUCUAACCACUUAUCUCUAUAUGGGAACUAUGUGAUUUAAGGGAACAUUAUAUAUAACUUCAUCGGGUUGCAACUGAUCCAAUUAUUUUUAAACAAUCAUAACUGGGUUAUUCUACAUCAAGGAUUUCAAGAAAAUGACAAAAUCGUUUAAAUGUUUGGUGAGCACUACCUCAUAAGCUUCACUGACAUCUCCAUUCCCUUCUUUAAAGUUGUUGUUAAUGAUUAAGAGAAACAGAAUGUCUGAGAUGCCAAACGGCACAUUCAACUGGUAUAACAUAAUGGUAACAAUGGUAAUUGUAACAUAUUCUCAACAUACUGAGUGUAAAAGAAGGGAACAAACUAGUACUGAAGCUAAAAUUGUGUUUAGUUAUAUGAUUAGAAGCUAGUUAAUGUCAUACAAGAUGUCAUCGCUGUGGCCAUACAAGUCAAAGUCAAAAUUUGAAGCUCCUUGAUGGAGAAUCAUGGGAGUGGGUGUGGCCAUGAGACCGAGAAAAGGAGCAGAUUUCUCAUGGGAAGGAAAGCAGGGCCCAGAGGGAACUCUUUCCAGGGAUGUAUGCAAUUGACACUGUAGUUACAGAUAAAAUAGUUCAGAAUUAAUUAGCGGUCUUCGUAUUUGUCCAGAAAUGUGGACGUUGAAUCUGCACGCUCACCACUCCUCCCAUUCUCAGUGAGGCAG